CAGCAAGUGUCCGUCAUAUUGUUAUCCGCCUUGACGUGUUUCGCUCCGACGUGUUUCCUCGCACACCUUCCCCGAACUCCACAUCAAUUAGUUGCCUUAAUCUACAUAUUUGAAGUACAUACCCACACAUCUAUCGCCAUGUCAGUCUACCGCAACGCUCUCGCCGUCAUCGGGGCAGGCGGCUUAGGACUUGCCAUUGCUAGGCGCCUCGGCCCCGGCCAGCGUGUGGUGCUAGCUGACUACUCGCAAAAGGCACUCGAUACGGCUGCAGAGUCGCUGCGAGAUCAUGGCCACGAGGUUGAGACCCGAAUUGUCGAUGUGUCAAGCUAUGAAUCAGUCACUGAGUUGGCCAAAUUCGCCGCUGCCACUGGCCAGCUCAACACGGUCGUCAACGCUGCUGGUAUCUCUCUUAAUAUGGGUACCGCCAAGCGGGUCUAUGAAAUCGAUUUACUGGGAACGGCCAAUGUCCUCGACGCUUUUAUCGAAGUCAUGGCUCCAGGCUCUUCGCUCAUAACCAUCUCUAGUUUGGCGGGGCACAUGGCUGGCCCAGCUGUGUCUCCAGACUUGGAAAUGCACUUGGCAACCGCCCCAACAGACAAACUGCUGAGCCACCCAGAUAUCAAGCUUGACGGGGACUCAGGCCUGGCAUACGGUAUCGCCAAAAAGGGAAAUAUAGUUCGAGUUCAGGCCGCGGCCGUCGCUGGCAAGACGAACGGAAUCAGAGUCAACUCAGUUAGUUCAGGUGUCACCGCCACGGCAAUGAUCCGCCACGAGUUGCAGACGCAAGCGGGAGCUACGAUCCGGGCCAUGGUUGAAUCAUCUCUCAUUCCGAGGGCAGGAACUUCAGAUGAUGUUGCCAACGUUGUGGCUUUUCUCGCAAGCCCUGACGCAUGCUUCAUAGAUGGCACUGAUAUUCUUGUUGAUGGAGGGGGUUUGGCCUCGCAGCGGUUUACAGCUGCGGCAGGGAGUUCUUGA